UUGUUGAGUCUUAUUUUAUUAUUAGUUUUAUUAUUUGAUUAUUUCUAACUCUGAAUAUUUGCAAUUUUUGUAGUGUCAUUCGACAUUGAUCAUGGAUGCCGGUGAUCAUGAUACAUCCAUAGAUCAUGAUUUUUUUCUCCAAGGACUCACAGGAGACUACGGCCCCUUUGAUACUAGUGCUGCAGGUGAUGAUGGACCCGACGGUGAACCUCCGGUUGGUUCACAUCCAGAUCCAGGUGAUGCAGCAGGAGUGCCAUCGUCAGGCUCUACAAGUGCGCACACAUUAGCAAGCAGCGGGUCUAAAAGAUCAAGAGCCGGUACUUCCGAAGUUUGGCAAGACUUUGAAAGGAUCUACAAAGAGGAAGAUGGGGUAAGUGUCAGGUAUGCUAAGUGUUAUAUUUGUAAAAAUGAAUUAUCUGCAAAGCCCUCGGGUGGAACGGGGCACUUGAAGAGGCACGCCAUAAGUUGCAAGCGAAAGAGUGGAGCAGCCAUGAAGCAGACGGUGUUGCAGUACAACCCCGACGGCUCUGUUCAUCAUUGGGAGUAUGACUCUGCCAAUGCUCGAAAAGAGCUAUGUCGCUUCAUUGCAAGAGCGGAUCUACCACUCAAUAUCGGUUCUUCAUCAAGAAGUUCAGACUCUUCGUCACGAUCGUCUACGGGCACCGGAAUUCCAACAUCCGGAGGGGAGCUAACUACCUUCAUCGACAGUGACGUUAUCAGCCACGAACAAGAAAACUUCAACAUACUGCAAUGGUGGCAUGAGCACAAGACGAAUUAUCUAGUCCUUUCACUGUUAGCGCGAGAUUUGUUAACGGUUCCUGUAUCUACAGUUUCUUCUGAGGCUGCCUUCAGUCUUACAGGAAGAAUAAUCGAAGAGAGAAGAACAAAUUUGUCAAGUGAGAUGGUUGAAAUACUCACCAUAGUAAAGGAUUGGGAACAAGCUGAAGCACGAAUGCAACACACUGCGGAAAAUACUGAGCUUGAAGAAUCAUUCCAAAAUUUGUAUCUAGAUGCUGAUGAGAACGUGUAAUUUUAAAUUUUCUGAGCUAGGUUGUACUCUUUUUUCCUUUGCUAGAAAGGUUUUUAAUGAGGCAACCUAUCAAUAAAGCUCAUUUUUAGAAUUAAUCAUGUGCCCCUAUUAUUUCUAAGUUUUUUUUAUUCAUGUUUUUUGUUUAUUUUUUUAAAAUACCCCCCGCGG